AUGGCGGCGGCGGCCUCUUCUUCCCACCUUCAAUUUCAAUCACUCUCUUUCGCCAAAACCCUAAAUCAAUCUUCAAAGCCGAUCACUCCCAAAACCUUAAUUUCUUAUAAACCCGGUUCCAAAACGCUCGCUAUCCGAGCUGUCAUAUCACAAAAACCUCCAGCAACUCAGAAAUUUCAACAUUGCUUCACCAAGAAAGACGAUGGCUAUUUGUAUUGUGAGGGUCUUAAAGUUCAAGAAGUCAUGGAGGCCGUUGAAAGAAGGCCCUUUUAUCUCUACAAAUUUGGGUUGUGGGGUGUAUUGGUUAGUGGAAAUGAACUCAGAUUAGCCAUUCGUGCUGGUUUUGAUCCUACCAGAUGCAUUUUUAAUGGAAACGGGAAGCUUUUGGAUGAUCUUGUUCUUGCUGCUCAAGAAGGCGUAUUUGUCAACAUUGACAGUGAAUUCGAUUUGGAUAACAUUGUUUCUGCUGCAAGAAUCGCAGGGAAGAAGGUUAAUGUAUUGCUUAGAAUCAAUCCAGAUGUCGACCCUCAGGUCCAUCCUUAUGUUGCAACUGGAAACAAAAACUCCAAAUUCGGUAUAAGAAACGAGAAAUUACAAUGGUUUCUAGAUGCUGUGAAGUCAUACCCCGAUGAACUUAAGCUAGUUGGCGCUCAUUGCCAUCUUGGAUCCACCAUCACCAAGGUUGACAUUUUCAGAGAUGCUGCAUCAAUUAUGGUGAAGUUUAUAGACGAAAUUCGAGCUCAAGGAUUUGAUAUUAAUUAUUUAAAUAUCGGAGGUGGUCUUGGGAUUGAUUAUUAUCAUACUGGUACUGUUCUUCCUACACCCAGGGAUCUCAUUGACACAGUUAGGGAGUUGGUUUUGUCGCGAAAUCUUAAUCUGAUAAUUGAACCUGGGAGGUCGCUAAUUGCAAAUACUUGUUGUCUUGUGAAUCGUGUCACGGGUGUGAAAACAAAUGGCACAAAGAACUUUAUUGUGAUUGAUGGAAGCAUGGCUGAACUUAUUCGCCCUAGUCUAUAUGAUGCUUAUCAACACAUAGAAUUGGUUUCACCUCCAUCACCUGAUUCUGCGAUUUCAACCUUUGAUGUGGUGGGCCCCGUUUGCGAGUCAGCUGAUUUCUUGGGGAAGGACAGGGACCUUCCUUCUCCUGCCAGUGGUUCUGGGCUUGUAGUUCAUGAUGCAGGUGCAUACUGCAUGAGCAUGGCAUCAACUUACAACCUCAAGAUGCGUCCACCUGAGUAUUGGGUUGAUGAAGAUGGAUCUGUGGCGAAAAUUAGGCAUGGGGAGACAUUUGAAGAUCAUAUGAGAUACUUUGAGGGACUCUAGAUCUUAAUCUAACUUUGAUGGAAGGCCUUCAUCUUUUACUCUGUUUUUGUAUCUCGGAUUCAUGAAUUUUAAGGUUUCAAGUUCUGGUAAUGUCGAAUUCCUUUUUUUUUUUUUUUUUGCGAUGUUUUGAAGUUGUAGUGUAAUUCACUUGUGGGUUUUUAAGUUGGAGUCUGAAUUCACAUGUUAUCGUAUU